AUGUAUGUUGUCAAAGUCCUAGUUGGAAAUUUCACCAAAGGCGAAGAGAAGAUGAGAGUACCUCCUUCAAAGGAUGAUCCAAAGAAUACAAGCCUACUGUUUGAUUCAGUUGUUGAUGAUACGGCUAGUCCAAAGAUUUUUGUCAUCUUUCAAGAUCACCAAUCCUAUCCCGAAUAUUUAAUAACUUUUGAACAUGUUAGUUAUUAA